GCAGCAGCAGCAGCAGCAGUGACGCAAGAAAGAACAAAGAGAGAUCCAACAACACACCUAUCCGAUAAAGGCAGUAGACGACCAGCACUAUUCUCCGGAAACGGCGAUCAAAACCCGCUGUUAAAUCGUAAUCGGAGCAGAAGCUCGUCAAUCUCGUGCAAAUUGAAUGUGCGAUUAAAAUAAUAAAGCGAUAUCGCAUCGAAAAGAGAUCAUAGACUAUUCUCAAUUAAAGCAGCACUCGUCUAUUCUUAAACCUCGCGAUCCUGAUUGAGAAUUGAUGAAAAAACAAAAAAAUAGCCUGUCGUCUGCGACCGAGAGUCUAUAAACGCCGAGAGGUGAGCUGCACCGCGCACAAAGGGUAUAAAAAAUACACAUCGUACACUGUGUCUCUACUGUCCACUGUAUCGCGCGCGCGCGAGCGAGCGAGCGAGCGAGCGAGAGAGAGAGCUGAAUAGAAGAACUUUUCCGCGGCUCUAAAUGCACGACAUUAUCUAAUAAAAAGCCGCUGGAUGUCAUUAUCUUAUGUGCGCGCGGGGCUGCAACAAAUAUCCAAAGUGAAUAGACGAUGCGUCGAGUCCGCGGUGUGUACCGAAUGCUAUGCGCUUUACACUGCUAUUACAACGAAAAGCCAUAGAUCAAAAUAUUUAUAGAAGAGACGAGAAGGAGAUUAUUACGGGGAAUCGGUCAAAAAUUAUAAGCCUCGCAAAAGAGCCGCUAAUGGCUCGAAAAAGAAGGAUAGAAUUGCGAGUGUACAAUAGCAGUCUCUAGAAUUACUCACUGCCUCGUACCGCGAAUGCUAUAUGGACUUGUCUUUUUCGCGAACCCUUUGGUUAUCGCGCGCACGACGGGGUGCCGAUGACACCUUAGGCUAUAGGUAGCCAAGCGUUAUAAUAUCUAGUUCGUUAUAAUAGCAGAGAACUUUCAAGGUCUCGCGACUUCUUUGUUCGCCCAUUUAUAGAUGACCGAUUAAUUCGAUUGAGACGUUAUUGCGCGCAUCAUUGCAGACAUGAUCUUGCGAAACUUGGGAGCCAGUAUAAGAUAAACGUAAUUUUCUGCGUCAGAAAAAAAGUACACAACUUCAUACUACAGUUAUAUCAUGAAAUACAAAUGUUUGGUACAAUAAGUAUAAACUUGAAAGUUUGACUCGUGCGCUUGUCACGCUUGGAAACUAUCUAGUUCCGCUAAGAAUCGCUCACGAAGAAGAAAAAGAAGAAGAAGAAGAAGCUUCGCCUACUGCGUAAACGCGUAUACGUGGCCGUGGCGAACGCGAUUAAUAAAUAAAGCCUCACGAUCGGUCGAUAUAAUACCCGUGUGCCUAUACGCGAGGGGCGAUACUCGAUCCGUAAUAAUGCACGGAGAACUUCUGCCGCGUUUUUUUUUUGUAUUCAAUGAUACGAGCGCGCGCUUCUCUAUUUAUCGCGAUGCGUCGUUAUACUGUAUAUCCCGCUUUAUCGUCGCGACUAUUUCAAUACUGCCGUGUAAUAUACGAGGAUAUAACGAUUAUCCCGAAUCGAGUUUUAAUUUAAAAUCCCUACGCGUUACAAACGCACGCAAUUGACUACGCCGGAAAGCAAUCAACUCCAUAAUGUCCCGCGCGCGGUUUACGCGCGCACACGUACGUCGAAAAGUUUAAUUAACCUUGAUUACAAAAGCCAUCGGGAGCCCGCAUAUACGCGGAGCGCGGGAACGUACACGCGCGUUAAUAAAUUCAUAAAUCGCUCUCUAAAAUUGUCCGUCAACGCCGAAUUAGUUCGAGUCCAUCGGAUUAGAAUCCGCGAAAAAAUUUGCGUCAAAAUUUUUCUCACGCGAUCGCGUAAUGAAUUUUUCGACGAGCGAACACGAGAGAAUAUCACGAGCGAUAAUACAAUUAUGCAAUAAUGAUAGUGUAUAGUGCGGGGAAUAACUCCGUCGUGUUAGAUCGAGAGACGAUAGGGUUUAUUCGUUAAUUCGAAAAAUUUCAAAUCGAUAAUCCAAAGUGCCGUUGAUAUGAGCUGCAGCAAUCAUACAUUGUAUAGACAGCCGUCGUUUUUUUCCGAUGUGAAAAAGCGUCCGUUGAAAGAUUAAUUCUAUCGACACCAGCUCUCGAGAUCGUUAGCGAGAAACUGGACUGAGGGAGAGCGAAAAUUCACUCGCUCAAAGUGAAAAAACUUACGGCGUACAUCGUUGGAAUCUGGUAGAUCAGAUGAGAUCGAAUUUUUUUUUUUCCUCCUAUUUCGGCUGAGCGACGCGCACAAAGAGAACGUACAGGGCCUACUCGAAAGGAGUGCCACUCGAACGGCUACUGUGAAUUCUUUGUCCUAAGGGUAUCGGAUGGAACACGCGUAUACGCUUCGAUCAAUGACGUUAAUUUUUAAUUUCAUUAACGGCUCUACUACGCUGUAAAUUUUAAUUAUCGCGCACAAAGGGAACGAUCGACGAAUUACGCCGUAAAUUUUAAUUGUCGCGCACAAAGGGAACGAUCGACGAAUUCGAGGAAAGGAGUGCCACUUUGUCGUCGUCAAAACCUCUUUCUACAAUUGCGGCGUUGAAUUAUAAUUUUACCCUAAAAAAUUCAUACCCACACCGGCGCUUCUCCGAUUCUGGAUAAGCAUAAAUCAUCGCUCUGACCUCGAAUGAUGAAACGAGAGCGCGCGCUCCACUUCCAGCGAAAAAUUCUAUUUUAAAGACCUCUCAAAAGCGAUAUACUUAUAUAUAGCCUCCCCCGCGCACAGACUCUGUGAGUCACGUCGCGUAGAGCAUAUACGUUACAAUCAGCAUCACACACACACACUUGCGCUAUUUCCGCAAAUCUAUCACGCCCUUGCGGUCACGAGUCCUUGGCGGCGGCAAGUUCACGAGGCUUCGUUAACGAUAAGCCGCUGCUGGACCGAUUUCGGUUCGCGCUCUUUACGUUACACAGACCAGAGUGUGUGUGUGUGUGUGUGCGAAGACGUUGUAUUAUAAAGAUGCGGAAGAAGCGCUUUACGCGCGGCGGUAAAAACAAGCGGAGGGAUCAGACGAUGAGGCUAUUAAUGGAGUAUUUUUCCACUUUUUUUUUUUGCGAGCAGCCUCUUCGCCGCCGAUGAUAAGCAUCGUCGUUUAUACGAGCUUUGUACGUAUAAUAUACGCGUAGGGUAAAAAAAGCUGUAUCUCCGAUCUUUGACAGUUUUUUUUUUUUUUUUCUCAUUCAUUCCGUUGAAGCGCGAAUCGUGUAGACACAAAGCGCUCUUUUAUCGCGUCGGCUCUCUCGGCGCAGAGUGCGACGGGUCAGUUGAAAGCUGAUAAUCCGCGGCGCGUGUUUUCAUUAUUCGAGUUAAAGAAAAGUUGGCGCGCGUUUUGCAAUUAGUCACUAUAAGAUCGCAUUACGCAGAAAGAUUACGCGGCUAUCUCUCUAUCGCGUAUAUUUGCAAAUAUAACGAAUCGAGUAGAUUUACGCGCUUCGGUAUAUACAUAUACAUCCGUCGAAAAAUGGGGCGCACGGAAUGGCGAAUUCGAUUACGCGGAAUCAUCACGAGUACACAGACUUGACUUUUCAUCGUUUAAACGCCGUCGCUCUCUGUACGCUUUGCUGUAUCUUCUCGGGAAGGAAGAGAGAUAGCGUUAGGCUUGUGCAUCGCGCACAAGUGGAUGCUCUUAUCGCUGCUCUCGUGUAGGCUCGAAAUCGCUGAUACCGCGAGCGAAUGUAUCAGUAACGGAUGCGCGGGAAAAAUGUGUGACGCGCCACACACACACACACGCACACACGCGCGCGUAUACUAUGGAGCGAGGACAGCUGCCGCGUUAUAUAUAUAUAUGUUGUAUCAUGGGCGGAAGCACGUGUGCGACCCGCGAGCUUUUUUUUUUUGCGCGCGGGACUUUUGAUUAAUCGGCCGACUUUUUACUGCUGCGCGCAUGAAACGUCCGACACAAUGUUGCAGUAUAAUAGUUCGAUUGCAGCGCACACCUGUUUCUCGUCGUAGUCGUGGUCGUUAUAACGCAAGUCACGCGCGGCGCUCGGGCGCAGUGCAAUUUUUUUAAAAGCCCCCGGACGCAUUAUAUUGUAUACGUCUAUAUAUAUAUAAAGUGUAAUAAGCCGUUUUGCAUAUCGCUGCAUAAUGAAAGGCGGGAUUAUCCUCUGCGGUGACAUACGAACGAUGGAGUAGUGGAAGCUUUUCUUCUUCUUUCCGCACGCGCGCGACGCGAAUAUGUGUUAGAACAGUCGCGUAAUGUGUAGUAUACCAGAGGCGGCGCUUUAAAGCUGCGAAAGCGCUCGAAAAUUGCCGGGUAUUAGCUUAAGUGUCGCAAUAAUAUUGCCGAUAAAAAAUAAUUCGAAAAAGAAGGUCGGAAGAAUGAGUUUAAUUGCCGCCGGCGCGCCAGUUUCGCCGAUGUUUUUACAGAUACGCUAUCGUCGUCGUCGUCGUCGUCAUGUAUAACGUUGUAAUUUCAUCGGCUGCACCGAUGCACUUUCACGCCCACUUCGUACACGACUGCGUAGAGCUGGCUUUUAAAAAUUUUCGCCCGAGCUCCGUGUGCUUCAACCAAAAGCCCCCGAUAAUAUUAUACUGUCUGUAUACGCAUGUACCUAUAUAGUGUGCGCGUACGAGGGGUACAUAAAACUGGUCAUAAUUUUUAUGACCGAGUAUAAAAGCCGCCUUUACGGCAGUUGUGUUCGAAGUAUUACGCGGAAAAUUUAUUGAAUAAGCUGGACGCCUAUAGAGAGCAAUUUAUAUAUGUAAUGCUCGAAAAAAAGAGGGAGAGAGGAAAUUAUUCAUUCGCUCGAUAUCGUAGGAUCAAUCGAAUAUAAAUCAAGUCAAUUUGAGACGCGUAAAUUCCAUACCGCGUAUAAUAGACGCGAGAUCCUUCAUUGUGUACGAGCGUUCAUAUUACAAAUACCGAAAAUAUUGUUUACACGGUAUGCACACAAUGCUCGCUUUUGUUGGAACGACGAUAAAAAAUUCUUUUUCGCUCGUAACAAGAUUAUUAUUUCUCGAGAUUCGAGAGAGUGUGUAUAAUUCGUUAUCGUAAUAUUUGCCAAAGGAUUCGGAAUUUAUAUCUCUCGGGUCGCUGCAGCUUUAUCCGAUGCGCAGAUUAUAAUUGAGAUGAUAAAGCUUUCGCGCUCUCUGUCAGAAAAGCGAAACUUAAUUUCCGCGCGUUAUUCCCAUUCAUCGCCUCGAAUCACCCGGUACGAUGUUUACCAAAUUUUCCUCGAAAUUUUCCUCGAUCCAACGAGGCCGAUCAAAAUAUUAUCGUUACGGCGCAGAUCGAAAUCGGCAUUCAACUUUCCUCGUCUGCGCUUGAAUAAAAAAAUCAAUCUCCACCUUUGUGUGUUGUUGCACCUAUACACACACAAGGUCAACGACCGAGAGCUAUACACACUGCGCAUCCUUCCUACAUUCCUUCCCGGGGGAAAAGCUCAUGGUGCUACUCAUAGCUCCCCAAAGUCCGCGUCGGCGCGCCGCAACAAAGUCGCACCAUGAUGUAUCCCUCUCCCCAUCAGAGAGAGAGAGAGAGAGAGAGAGAGAGAGAGAGAGAGAGUAGACAUAUCUAUACAUAUGAGAGAGGCAGGAGGGGGCGACCUUUGACCACCACGUGGCGCUCCUCCGGAGCUACGCAUUCGCGGACUGCGCCGUUCGUCGGCAUUCGCGUGUCGCGCGCCGGCAACGCUACAUCACUCGCGCAUACGCACAGCGCUGCUGAAGCUUUAUCUCUCUCUCUCUCUCUCGUGCUCUUAUACUUGCACUCGCGCGAUAGAAGUGAAUCAGUGCGCUGGCUUUUCUGAUGUAAGUUCGCUCGAGAUUUUGCUGUGACUCUGGUGAUAGUGAACUGUUUCUCUGUGUGUGUGUGCGUGUGUGUGUGCGCGUGCGCGCGUGUUUUUUUCUUCGUGAGAUUCAUGCGCAUCCGCACGGAUACACUCGCGUGUUUUCGGAGAAGCUGCGACUCGUCGAUGCAAAAAAAGGAAGAUACGAGCUGCAUACUUGAAUAAAAAAAACGUACGCAUACGUCAGACCGCGUAGGGGGAUCACGGAAGAAACCGGAGGAGAAGAAGUGACUCGCCGCAGGAUAACGCGCUACAGUGCGUGCGACUGCCCACGCUCGCGUGGUGCAUAAUAUACCAUACGUGUGUACAGUGCAGCUCGCUCAUUCAAGCUUAUCCGCUUACGUCCUUUCCGCGAAAACAGCGCGAACCCGACACCUAUACCACUCUCUGUACCCCCCCCCCCCCUCCGCCCCGCGUUGUUCUGCAUUUUAGUCCGCUGAAAUCAUCCGCAGAGAGAGAGAGAGAGCGGAGUGUGCUGUAAGUGCAUAAAUACACACAAACACACAGGCGAAGAGAGAAGUGCGCGGCGCGAGUGCUAAAGUUUAUCCCAUCGCUAAUAAGUAGCCUAUACCCCGAGAGGUAACCGCGCGCGAGUGAACCUAUAUUGUAAACACAAACAGUAUAAGCACAAUGCCUCGCUAUUAACCUCCCAAGAAGAGAAAAACGUAACGCAUUCCUCGAAGCCGCCCCGAAUAAGAGGAAGACGUAUCAGUUGUCUAAAAUUCCGACUCCACCGAUCUACACGCCGACCGUUUUCGUGAUGAGCCUGAGCCUCUCGCCCAACCUGGACGCUGGCUCGGUGACGAAGCAGCUGCGGCUCUGGCGGCGCGUAUGACAACAGCGUGACCCGGAGCAGCAGCAUCAACAGGAUCAACAACAACAACAACAACAACAAAGCCCGAUGGUGGAACUGCUGCUCGUGGAGGAAGCCGCCGGCGAGCAGCGACGCGCCGCCGGCAUGUACGCCACAGCAGAAUCGCACCAUCACAGCAGCAUCAGUUCGACUAUGCUGGAACCUGUCACGCGAUUACAAUCUCCCAGUGGCUUCACCUCAGCUCUACGCGACAUACCCUCCUUCAACUGCUCAGUCCAGCCUAACCGAUCGCUGCCUCUGCGGCCAGCACCACCGGUACCACGUCGCAAGCUCUUCGCUGCUCCUACUACUGCUGCUUCAUUUGCCCUCCACCAAAAACUCAAGAAACAGUCCGCCAAUGGCGUCACAUCCCUCAACGAGGAAAACGGCAAAUCUCUGGAAGAAAAUAACGACCAGCAGGAGAAUACAGAGAAAAGAAACGAAGAGGAAAAGGAGUUGGAGGUUAAUGGAGUGGAGCAGAACAAUAAUGGAUUCGUCGGACAGAGCGAAUACAAUAAGAACAGCCGAUUCAACGGCCAGAGCACAGCGUCGACGGGACAGCAAUCGACGCCGGUCCAGUUGGAGACGGCAGAGCCGAGUAAUGGCAUCUCAGCCGAGACGGAGCCGCCCCGGGCGCGAAUCAUCGAGGACGUCGUCGUCCCCUGUAGUACCAGCAGCGCCGAGUCGCCCAGUCAGCUCAAGAUGGUACCGCCGCUGAGACUGAAGAAAAUCGUCAGCCAACCGGACAGCCUCGCCGUGGCGCAGUACCCGCCGACGCCCCAGCAGCAGCACCACCAGCAGCACCACCACCACCAGCAGCACCACCAGCAGCACCAGCAGCAGAGGAACGAGCUCGAGGACGGCCAGCAGGACAGCUCCAAGUACUGCAUCGUGACGCCCACGAGGGAGGAGAGCGGCAGCAUGGGCGGCGAGAGGGGUGCCGGGGGCUGCGAGGCCAAGAGCAUCGAGAUCACGAUACCCUCCGUGCCGGAGCUCGGCAUCAAGGAGACCAGGACCGACAGGAUCAGUCUGCCGCAGGAGAGCACGCCCUCGAAGCCGUUCAUCGUCAACUACAUCCUCGGCAAGGACUCCCAAUAUUCGGCGCUCGUCCCCGCGAGCGUGCACAUCCCGGCGAUGACGCCCACACCGCCCGGCAAUCCGGAUCCAGGAGGUCAGCAGCCAAAGCCCAACUCCUCUCCGAGCGAGCUGUCGAUGCCGCUGCUGAGCAACACGGAGGAGGUCAACGACGUGCUGAUCGUCGAGCAGCCCGAAGAGUCCUGCAGUCCCAGCAGCACCAGCAGCGGCAGCAGCAGCAUCAGCCUCAGCGAGAAGAAGCGCGAAUGGUUCGGCAGGCGACAGAUGCUGCGCGAGAGCUUCAGAGAGCUCAGGGCCAAGGCCAUCGACUCGCGGCAGAAGAUCUGCGCCUCGAGCAUGCUGCUGCCCGAGGACAGCCCUCAGCAGGCUCACUUCCAGGAGAUCAUAGACGGCUGCGACAGGCAGAUCAACCACUUCUCGAACCUGCUGAGGAAGCUCAACGAGGCCAAGGACUCGCUCAAGUUCGAGAGGUUCUGCGAGGAGACGGAGGCGAGCUCGAGGACGGCCUUAGGACUGACGCCCAAGGACGAGGACAGGAACGAUUGCGCUCUGCAACAGCCGGACACGACGCUCGAUGACACCAGGCGGGUGUACGGCUCGGUUAUUAGCGAGACCCAAUGCUCGGACAAGUCGGCAGUGGUCGCGAGGAGGGAUACACCGCCGCAGGGUAGUAAGAGCGAAACUCCUCUGGAUGUCCCGAGGACGAUGCUGCAGCAGCAGAAACCUGUGACCAACGGAUUCGCCACGAUUAUUCGAGACAUCGAGGCGCACAACCAGAGCAACGAGAGGCGGGCCAGCAACGCUGCGCUGCCGAUUCCGACGACUUCGCCCGGUGAACACGCCGCUGGCACGAGUAAUCACCAGCAGGCCAAAUCUGUGAUCGUCGAGCCGUGCACCCGAACGCCUUCGGAACCACCGCCUCUGACAUCCUCGGUCGAAAUGUCACCAAGUUCUAAACACUUCUCGAUAGAAGAACUGACGGGUCAAAAGAAGGCUGCGACGAGCGAACCAUCUCCAGCAGCGGACCCGUCCUCGCCGGUUGUCCGACCCUCUGCCUACCCUGCCCAGGCCAGGGCCCCACCUAACAGCCCGAGAGAAGCACUGAUAGCCUCGAGCGUCCCCGGGGCCUGGGCUGCUGAUCAGCAGCAGCACGCGAGGAGCAGCGUUGUAGCGACCGAAAUGACUCAGUACUCGAGAAGCAGCGUUACUGUGACCGACGUGACCCACCGCGCGAGAAGCAGCGUCGCCACGACCGAGAUAUCCCAUCAGCAUCAACAGCAGCAGCACAAGGUGCAACAACAGCAGGGAGGUCCAGGCGAGGCGCAGGUGGCCAGGGACGAGCGACGACCCCUGAAUCUGGCGGUCAAGGCGACCAAGAGGCCACCUUCCACGGAUGCACCUUUGCAACCCGAGAAAGAGGAGAAGAAGAAGCGGCGACGUGUUUCAGACGUAACGCCGAAUCACUGGGCAACCAGCUACGCCCAGGGUAUCAAAACCCGAAUUGUUUCAACGCCCACAGCAGCACCGGUACUCGCUCGGGAGCACUAUAUCCACCACCCACAACUCCAGCAACCAGCUCAGCUUUAUCCAUACGUGCAGGAGGCGACUUUGUGGAGUCCCGUGGAGAUAAUUUCUGAGAGUCAGCGACAGGCAAAACACUAUGCCGAGCAGUAUCAAAGAGCUCUUGCUCAUCAAGAGUACUUACUGAGGCUGCAAGACAAUACUAUGGCAUCCGAGCAGGCCAAAGUUUUACCGAAGCAGGUGCAGGCAAUCCACCGUAUGAAGCCAUUAUUGCCAGCAACCGAGGCUCUGGAACAAGCAGCCCUGAAUGUAAAGAACGCGGAUCAACAAGCCAAGGCUCAGGCUCAAGCUCAAGCUCUAGCUCUAGCUCAAGCUCAAGUUCAAUCAGCUUCGACCUCGCAUCACGAGCAAUCGCAGGUCCAACAGCCCAGAAUUUUGGGCGAGCAGUUUCCGACUCUGGGCAAUUGGGCGGCCGGGCUCAUGAAACAAAAGCAGGUCGUGGAUGGAGCUGCAGCUGCUACUACUACCCCGGCCAUGAAAAAAGAGGUCGAGAGGACGACUCCCAUGGUCGAUACUCGACCGGGCUACUAUCAGUCGACUAAUCCAAGCAUCUACAAGUCAUCGAGCGAAAUAGCAGCAGUCGCAGUGGCAGCGGGGAAUUACGCAGGAAGUGGAAGCGUGCACGGAAGAUGGCCUCCGUCGGAUCAGCAGCAGCAGCAGCAGCAGCAGCAACAACAGCAACAACAGGCAGCCGCUGCCGCCGCUGCGCAGCGAUCGCCCUUUCAGCAAGUGCAACAUCCUGGCACGCCGUCCCUGCCACGACGACAAACCUACUACCCGCCGAUUGCACCCACUACCAUUGCUCUCUCGUAUCCUGCUCCUAAAUUCUCGGUGAGUGAAGCACCUGCAGCUAAAUCUAAACCUGAGCCUGGGCUGUUCGAUUGGAGCUGUUGGAAUGAAGGACCGAGUAGAGACCUUUAUGAGAGAUCUACUCAAUUCCUGGCCCACAACGCGCAUCAUCCGUACACGGUAUCUAGACUGCCCAUCAAUUCUUUGGAAGCCGCGGUAUUUGCCCACGCCAGCAGUCAACAUCAACAACAACAACAGCAGCAGCAGCAACAGCAACAACAACGGAUGCCACCCCUUAUUCCACUGGUCACUAGUAAUGGGACUUUUUUGGAACGGUACUACUCUCCUCCGGAAGCGGCGGCUGCAGUGGCUGCUGGUAGUCCUAGGUUACCGUCGUCUAUGCCCUAUGCGAAUUACAGUCGCAGAGGCAACCUAGUGAGCGUGGACUAUGCGACAUUAAGUCCGGAACAAAGCUCCUAUGCCAAACUUCUCGGUGUCAAGGCAGUGAACAGGGAAAUACAACAACAGCAGCAGCAGCAACAACAGCAACAGCAACAGCAGCAGCAGCAAAGGACCGCCCAGCAACAUCAGAGACAGCAGGAGUUGAAGAGUGCGACUUCCGAGGUAUCCAGAAGUCAGUAUCCGGCGGGGAGUAUAUACGCACACAGCAUGACGCCCAACUCCAGGAGCACAUCAGUCAUAGGCACCAGCAUAUCGACGCCCAGCACGAUCUACUCGCCAUUAAGUAGCCCACCGACUUCUCGCCAGCCGCAGUCGUCGCAACUUCAAUCCCAGCAACCGUCACCUUCGUCAUCUAAAUCCGGAGGAACUGCAUACGAGCGCGAGUGCCCAACACCUAAUCUAGGCGAAGCGAAUCGCGUCUCGUCCAGCAGUCUGCAAAGGAUACAAGGCACGCGCUGUUCGUACUGUGGCGCUCCGGGUUCGCGUUUCGAGUGUCUCGGUUGCGAGACAACGUUUUACUGCAAUGAGAACUGCCAAGCUCAGCACUGGGCUGUCCACGCCACGCAAUGUCCUAAAAUUAUGCCCAGGCUCAAGAAAGUCGGCUGAAAGAAUUGGAAUUUUUUCCAAUCGGUUUGCAGUCGUAUUCAUGCCGAUGAAUUUGUCGAUGGUUCCUUUUUCGUACGGGUGAGUGCUAUUGUGCCGAUUGUUUGCGAUACUUAUGUGUUCAAUUAUUGCGGUUCUUAGUAUUUUGUGUUCGCGUGUGAUUCGGCGAGUAUACGACUUUUCGACGGAACCCAAAAUGUGUACAUGCGAUUUUGUUUGAGAGCUCAUUCUUCUUUUGUUGUAGCUCUUGAUCUGAAACAAAAAUUAUGCAACCACUUGUGGGUAAGUUAACUUUGUCGACUUGGGACGAUGAAGUUUUUUUUAUAUUGUAAAUUCUUAUUAAUGAAAGUGACAUACCAAAGUUAAGUUAAUUUAAGAAUCCUGUUUAUGUAAAUGUAUUUUCAUCUACUUUUAAGAUAUGAAGUGGUAAAUCCAUGUGGCCUUAAACAGAUAUUUUCGGUAAUAUUUUCCGCGAAUCAAAAUCAUCUUGUAAAUAAGUCAGAUUCAAACACAUUUUCUUUAACUUGCGUGUUCUUUUACGAAUUUCAAUUUCGUAAAUACUUUCUUUUUUGUGUAUGAAAUGACAAAAAUCUGGAUCAAACGUCUCAUCCAAUUGUAAAUACAGAAUUAAUUUUUACUUUUUUACCGAUUAUUUCAACGCUGCGUUUUAUAAUUUUUACCACAAUCACAUUUUUGCAAAGCCUUCGUUUCUUUAACGAAUUGUACAGCUAAGUUUUCCCGUUUAAUUUUGAUAUUUAUAAUUAAUUUUUAUUUUUUUAACUUUUAUAUAAUAUAUGCUUUACUUAUAAUGAAAGAGCUUUGAAAAAAAUAUCUGCGUACGUAUAUGUAUAUUGAGGAAUUGAAUGUAAGCAUAAGUUCACAUUGCGUAUGUAUGAACUUAACCCAAAUCGCGUAUAAAAGUGUUAAUUUAGUCAACUCUUCGUAUUGUUAAAGUAAUAGAAUAAUUCGUGAUGAUUUACGGUGCAUUUUGAACCUAAUUCUUGCGUACAUUUUGAAAUUGUGUGUAUAAGUUUUAAUUGACAAAACAAGAGAUACAAAAUGUGUUUGCGUGUUAUUGUGCACUCAGUUGAGGAAACCUCGAGGAAUUACGAAAGAAUACAAUGUUAACAAAUUAUAACUUUUGCACAUAUCUGUAUAGACACAACGUUUCAAUCAAGCAUAGAUAUAUACGAGCAAUGUGAUAAAAGUGAUUAAACGAUGUAUAAAUGAUAUAUUUAUCUAUUCAAGUCAUAAACGUUUAAGCUAAUACAAAAAGUUUAUGUAAAUGUAUAAAAAAUAUAUAUAUAUAAUAACUAGCGUUACCAUUGUGCAAACAUUGUUAGAGUAUAAAGACUAAUCAACAACAAUAUUUAUCGAAUAUAUGCUUUGUAAAUAUGUUGUCGAUGUAGUUCAUUCACACUCAGCACAUUUUCUCACGAUGGAGCAUCCUAACUUUUUGAUUGGCAUAUCACGAAAAAAUAUCCCCAAAAUUGCAGGUGUGAGGCUGUCUGCCCUUUAAUUUUGUAGCGACAUCGUCGAUGCCUCGAUGAGCCAAAGCAUAAUGUGGCGCAGUUUCCGUUGCUACUCUGUCGAGCCAAGCGGUCAUCUUUGGCCUGCCUAUUCGAGGGUCGAUUUCAGUCAUUCCUGCAAUUCACACGGAUAAAAAGUAUCAUAUAUUAUUUGUAACUUCAAUUGCGUAACUCCAUCACCACGUUCGUUACAUUCUUAAUGCGUGUGUUUCUCACCGCGCUGCUUAGGCGUUUAAAUGUAUACGUAGCAUGUGUAAUUUUUAAACGGCGUUUAUAUCUAUUCUUUUUGUACCAUAUAAUUUAUAUAAAAUCUUUUCGUACUUAAACAUUAUUUUAUAAGCUGUGUAUUCAUUAAUUAUUUAUAAUGAUUACGAUGACGAUAACGUGUAUAUGAAUGAAUGGCGCAUUCGAUCGAUCAUUAUUUUUGUAUUAUGGCAAAAUAUUGAAGAAUUUGAAAUAAAACUGAUGUUUUGGAUGUAUAACUUA